AUGUCUAGAUCCCGCUACAACCACAGACGUCGCUCAGGAAGCCUAUCCCGUUCGCCUAAUCGUGGUACAAGAGAGGCGGACAUCCAGGCUUUGACUCAAGAGCUCCCAGGUGCUUCUCCAUCUUUCUUCUUACUUGAUAAUGACCCCAGCCUCUUUCCCCUUGCAGCGAGUAGCAUGCAUAGUUCCGGCGAGGGAACCGGGCCUGGACUUCAUGCAGACGGCUCGAUGUCCUUCCCCGCUUCGCUAGGGCAAGAUUUGAUAUCCAGUGACAAUGACCAGUCGACAAACGCCUGGCCAGUCUCCUCUGUUACAACGUGCGAUCAGUGUUUAAUCGCUGGUCAGGAUUGUCAACAACCCACUUCAGGCCCUGCUCAGCGGCCCUGUUCUUCCUGCCUCAUUCUUGGUUAUCACUGCAGCCUUGUUUAUGUCAACACAGCUGGCUUUACAGACGAUCUCACUCUUCAUGGCGAUUUUGAAGAAUUUGUCGCCGCAUCUUAUGGUAGCGUCAGUUCAUCAAACAGUGCCAGCCAAGCAUCCGAUUCCGUACCUCCCCCUGUAAAGAUAAUUGCAAAGCCACCUCCCAAAAUCGGAACCCGUUUCUCCCGCGACUCAACAAAAUUCUUGAACCGGUGGCUUUCUAACCAUGAGAAUCAUCCAUAUCCCAGUCGCGAGGAUAUCAAAACUCUUCAACUCCAGACAGGAUUGAACAAGACCCAGAUUCAGAACUGGCUAGCCAAUACCAGACGUCGACAGAAAAAGCAAGGAGGCUCAACAGGCCAGUCACGAUAUGUAUAUCCUCGAAGUACAUCCGAGCCCUUAGAUGCUCCCCUUCGCCCAGGCACCCCGGCGAUCAGGAAUGAUAAUAACUUCCGAGACAAGAACCCACUUCAACGAUGGGUCGAAUCACCGCCAGACCGUGAACCUGCCACCGUUAAAGAUAUCGCCCGAGCUGUGGCUUCCUCACCUCCUCGCCCAUCAGAUACAGGCAAUGACGGGCAACCUGAUGGUGACUUGGCCCCGUCCGUGAAUGAUUCCUCCGCCAGUAGUCGUGGGACAUCUAGUGGUAGCUCGCUUGGAUCAGCACACUCUCACAGCUCGGGGUCAUCAUUAGGCGGUCUAGCACCUUUUGCCCGGAAGCGACGACGUUCAAAACGUGCCAGAAUCAAAGCCAAGGUAUCAUCAAUCGCGCCAAUUCGACAACAACUUUACCAAUGCACGUUCUGUACAGAAACUUUCCUGACGAAGCAUGACUGGCAACGUCACGAGAAGUCCCUGCAUAUUCCCUUGGAGCGUUGGGAGUGUUCACCUAAUGGACCGCGUGAACGCAACCCAACCACUGGGAAAAUUCAUUGCGGGUUCUGCGGCGAAUUAGAUCCCUCCGACUCUCAUAUCGAGAGCCAUCAGCCUAGUUCGUGCCAGGAGCGUGCCUUCAACCGCAAAGACUAUCUAAGACAACAUUUGCGGCUGGUUCAUAAAUCGGCAUUGAUCCGAUGGGUUGCUGACAUUUGGAAGACCCCAACACCAGAGGUGCGAUCUCGUUGCGGGUUCUGUGGAGAGAACCUGAAUACAUGGGAUGAGAGGGUAGAACAUCUGGCUGAACACUUCAAAUUGGGCUUGACAAUGGCUGAGUGGACUGGCGACUGGGGAUUCGAUGAUGCCAUUGUUCACACUCUCGAAAACUCCAUCCCGCCAUAUCUUAUUCACAAUGAACGGACCAGCCCAUAUCCUUUCGAGGCCAGCAAUCAAUCGCCUGAGUCUCCUAGAAGCGCAUACGAACUACUCACAUUGGAGCUCUCUUACUUUGUUGGGAACUACCAGUUCCAGCAUGGGAAGCCCCCGGACAAUACCACCAUGGUUAUUGAGGCUUGCCGAAUCAUAUUCGCCUCUGAGAUCCUGUCCGUCGAUGAAGAGCCUGGCUCGUAUCCAUCUUGGUUACGGGAUUUAAUUAUGUCAGACCAUAACUUAGCGUUCCAAGCAAGGGUUAUGCCUAUCAGAACUCCCUCCGAGGGUAGGCUCCGUACUUUGCAACUAAGGGGGAAACGAAAUUUAUUCGAAGACUGCCCACUAGAAUCUCAGUUGCGAAGCUUCGUCUCAAACCUUUCCGACAGCGGAUACACAGAUAUCACUGACAUGGAGCUUCGAGAGGAGGCAUGUCACAUUAUGAAGCGAGUGGAGGAUAGUCUAACCGCCGAUUCUAGCUCUGUGUUUAAAUGGUUGUUGGGUCAAGUACACAUUAAGGUGACAUGGCUUGGUGAUUUUCGGAAACGAGCAGGUAUACCAAGCAGCCAUCAUGUCGGCAUGCCUACCUCGCAUGAUACGGCAAGCCUUUCCGGUGACCUAUUUCCCUUCGAACUUGCUUCCCCCGAGCCUAUCUUGGAAGCCAGUCAUGGGCUUCAGCUGAUGCACAAUCAAUCCGAGGCGGCUUUCAACCUUCAACGAACCGGUCGAUCCUAUCCCAGCACCUUCACGAGCUUAAGCCCCUCCUCGGCUGUUUCUCCCAGGCACCUUUCGGUUGUGAACCCUCCCGAUAUUGACUUCGACUUUCAGUCUAAUCUGACAGGCGCACACCAAAGUUCACGUCAAUUCGAUAAUAUCAAUAUAAAUCCCGUUGAACCCGAACCAUACCAGCGUCCAGAAUGGCUGCAGAAUGGGAAUUACAUUCUAAACGACCCAAACUUCCAUCGUUGGCUCGGGUUGGAGCUCCAGCGCUGGGUUUUUAUCAUAUCCUCUCCUCAACACCCCAACCCUCGAAUACCCUCCGACCAGGAGAUCCAAGACCAAGCUCGAUGGUUAUUAUACAACGAUGAUGAUUCAUGGAACCAAACUGCUGCCGACAAUCCGGAAUGGCUUAUGAGAUUUAAACGUGACGCAGGCAUUGAUCAAAUGGAAAACAGCAGGAUUGGGGGUUCCAGACAGAAUUAA